ACUGGUUGUCAUGGUGACAGUAAGGGCCGUAUCUUUUUGAAGGACACAGUUUCUCUUUCUGAGUUGUUGGAAAGUUGAAUGUUGGUCGUUUUAAAACACGGACUGAAUCGUUCAGCAGUAAAACCCUGAGUUAAAGUUGAACUGAGGACAUCUGCAGGAAACAGCUGUUGAAGUGUCGUAAACAUGCCCCACCCCGCCGGGUUACGUCGUGAGAAGUACCUGCUGAGCACCGGCAUCGUGCGCGUGCUCGAUGAACGCUAUGUGGAGCUCCCAAGGCCAGGACCAGUUCUUCAAAUGCUUGUUACAAACUUGAGGAACCGGCCUCUGUGCAGCUCAGACACUGAGGUCUUGAGUCACUCCAUGUUGAGCCUUUACCACGACCUGGUCACCGGUUCAAAGGACUUCCCUAUGAUUCAGGCCGAAGUGUUCCUUCGUGUUAACUUGUUGACCACACCCUUUGGCGAGCUGGACGUGAGAGAGAACACCAGACCAAUGGAUGGACCAGAUGGUGUGAUGGUGCCUCCUGCAGGCUCCGGCUCUCCCCCUCCGAACAUGCAGACUCCAGUUCUUCCUGAGAGGACAGACCUUGGGACCCUGAUGGCCGACCCUGAUAACUGCGUCACUUUCACGAAGAUUGAUGACCGAACUAUCAGCAGAGUCAUCUCCACUGUGUUCGACACUGAUGGCACUGAGCUGACCAACCGCUGGAGAGUAACCACCUACAGCCAGGAUGGACACCUUCUCAUGUCAGUCCUCUGUGGGUUUGUCAGAAAGUCUGCAAGGUAUGCGUACACUCCACAGACAUGGAAGAAGAGGAAGAGGGAUUCAGAGGAAGAGAGCCAGUCUCCACCAAAGAAACACUUGAGACUGUGAUGAAGUGCUGAAGCUCUGAUCUAUCCAAUGUUGAUUCAGCAUCUGGCAGGUCCACCAUCAAGAUUACUGUGAAGACUGGGGGCUGGUCUUUGCGUCUGGCAGGACCAGCACCAAUCCAGUGGUCUUCUACUUUGGCACAUGUACCCACAAGAAGAACAUGUCUGACUGUGGGUUACAUAUUGUACAUAUGUAUAAAGUUUAUUCCAUCAUGGUGGAUGUACUCAGGUCAGUGUUUUUGGUGCGUCUUGCACCUUUCUUUCUUUCUUGGAGCUGGCCUGUGUGUCCAACAUGGUGGCAACUUUGAGGGAGGUUUUGAGGACUGUGACUCUUUUUUAAGAAAUUGGACUCAUCACAAAAUUCAGACUGAAGUUAAGGACAGAAAUAAAAGGAUAUAUGCAGCAACUAUUUAAAAAAAAUUACAAAACAAGACAGCCAAGAGGACUGUCGAUCCAGCAAAGAAAAUACAAGAGGAUGAAACAAAGAGGUCUAAAGAAGAAGCAGGAAAACACAGGAACAAGAGCUUUUGGUGUGUCCUUUGUGGAUUCAGGAUCUGGCAGGUUAAUCAGGUGGAGUAUCCUGACCCCUGAGGGCUGGUCUUUGCGUCUUGCAGGACCAACACCCAUCCAGUGGUCUUCUACCUGGGCCCAUGUACACCUGCUGAGGAUGACAUAAUGUAAAUAGUUUAUUCCAUCAUGGUGGUGGGACACAGGUCAGUGUUUUUGGUGCGUCUUGCACCUUUCUUUCUUUCUUGGAGCUGGCCUGUGUGUCCAACAUGGUGGCAACUUCAAGGGAACUUUGGGAAUUGUGACUUUUUGUGAAUGAAUCUGGACUCAUCAGAAGCAGCUUUAGCCUCAAAUUUCACCUCAAGAAAGGAAUGAAAGGAUAUAUUACAAAACAACAAAGAGACAACUACAAUACUCAUCCAACAAAGAGAGGAAGAGGAUGAGGACGAUGAGGCUGCUAGAAGAAUACAGAAACAACAAGAAAGAAGCUGGUGAUGAUGUGAACCUCUCCUACACUCCUCUUCCAGUAAACUAGAGCAGCCAGUCAGAAUAAUAAGAGGAGUCCAAUCAACAAGAAAAGAAACAGCAGACUUUGUGAUUCCAUUCAUUUAAAAAAAGAGAGGACGCUAAAAGACCUGAGGACACCUUGGUUCAAAGACAAGACGAGACCAGAGUCUUUGGACCAGGACAUCAUACUCAGUGACUCUCUUUAAAUACAAAGAUAAGUAUAUAUUUAUUCAGUUCGUCAUCAGUGUUUCAAAAUGUUAAAUUUAGGUGUGAAACAUUAUUUUUACAGGACAAGUUCAAAGGAUAUUCUAUAAACAGUAUUAAAACAUGAUGAUCUAUUUUAUUAGAUUUGAUGUAAUUUCAUCACCAAUCAACAGUUGUAACAUUUAAACUGUAUGGAAUAAGUUGUUGACUUCUAUCCUGCCUUGUCUGUUUGUCUCCAUUGUGUCCAUUAUAUCCAGUAAAGACCAGCAGCCUUAGACGUCCCCCUGAUCUGCUGCACCAGUAUUCAUUGUAAACCACAUUUAAAAAAAGAUGAGUAUAUACUUUUACAUCUGAUUCUGUCUGAAAACAUAUUUGUAUUUAGAGGUAAAAAUGUCAAAAGUGAUACUCACUGCACCUUUUUUCUGAACGUAUUGUUGUUCACACACAUCUGUCUCAUAUGUCUUAGAAAAGCAAGGAAGCUCAGGAAGCUGAGUCCAUGACAGAGGGAAAGCAGACUGGAGAGCUAUGUUUGUGCGUUCUUGUUCAUCGUUUAUCUCAACAUUUUAAACCAUUGCAAAGACAAGCCGUCUUAGAUGUCCCCCUGAACUGCUGCACAAGCAUUCAAUGUAAACCCACAUUUAAAAAAAGAACGUGGAAGAGAAGUCCAGAGACAGAAGGAAAGGAGACAGCAUGCAGUUCCCCCCACCCCCCAAUCUGCACCAGAUCAUGCAUUAUGCUUCUGCUUUUGCAGUCAUAUGAAAUAAAUGGUUACACACUGUUCAUUUAAA